AUGCCAACUGAUAAUUCUGAAACUCAUCAAGAUUCUUACCAGAACAAUGGUGAAAAUGGAGGUAACCUUGAUCCUUAUUUCAUAGCUAAUUCAGACAGUCCAACUUCUUCUUUAGUUUCUGCUGUUUUCAAUGGUUCGAAUUACUUGCGAUGGAAAAGAAACGUUAUGAGAGCAUUAAUUGCUAAGAACAAAGAAGUUAGUUGGAUUUUAAGCUCUAUGAACAAUGAGCUAGCAGAUGAUUUUGGAUACAUUGAUAAUGCUGGAGAAUUAUGGAAGGAGUUAAAUGAAAGGUUUGGACAGUCCAAUAGACCUUUGAUCUAUCAAUUGAAGAAGGAAAUUGAUAGUUUAAAACAGGAAAAUAUGACUAUUGUUACCUAUUAUGGUAAGUUGAAGAAAUUGUGGGAAGAAAUGCAGAGUUUGAGGGCAUUUCCUACUUGUAUUUGUGGUGCUUUGAACAGCUGUAGUUGCCAAAUUUUAAAGAAAAUAGCUGAGUUCGAAGAAGAAGAAGACAGAAUGAUGAAGUUUUUAUUAGGGUUAAAUGGAGGAUUUGAAGGAACUGUGACAAAUGUGUUAUCCAUGGAUCCUUUGCCAAGCAUAAACAUAGUUUUUGCUAUCGCUCAGCAAAUAGAGAAGCAGAAAGAAGUUAGUGGUGCAGCAGUCGAGGCUAGUGCUAUGAGUAGCAGUGCUAUGGCUGCUCAAUCAUACAAAGGUGAUCAAUCUCAGAGGUUUGCUGGUGGGAAGAAAUACUGGAAAGAAAUAAAGAAAGAAAAAAUGCACAAGAUAUGUACACAUUGCAAAGGUAAGGGACACACUGUGGAUCAGUGUUUCAAGCUCAUAGGUUAUCCUGAUUGGUACAACACAAUUAAGGCUUCAAAAGGAUCACAGUAUCAAGCAAAUGGGAGCAGACUUGUUGCUAAUGUAAACUCAGAUCCUGAUGUUGGAGAUAAUCCUCUUGAUGAUCAAUUGCAUGAUUCUGCUGGUUCUGUGAACAAUGAAAUGAUCAGUGCAAUUUCCAAGAAGUUUUGA